ACCAAACGACUCACGGACCGGUAGCGGUCCGAGGCCCAGGGGUCGGGGACCGCUGCCUUAGAGCACACUUUGGGUGAGGACCCAUCAUGUCUUUAUUGCGUGUACACUUGAUUAAAGUCUGACUAAUAUUUGAUGAAGUGUAGCCAUUAAUAAAUUUGUGAAUUGUGGCUUGGUUAAUGAUGGACACAUUGCCGAAACAUAAACUCAUAGCCCAUUGACCAGAUAACCUAACUGGUGCUCUGCUCCUUCAAAACUAGCUCUAAAUGGUCCAUUAGACUCCAUCAUUUACUGUUGCAACUUCCUCAGUAUUAUUUUGUUCCACACUUAGUUGGGUUAUCAUAAAGCAGUUUUACGAUUUAAAUUGGUUGAUCCCUCGUUAACUGUUAACAGACGCUUAACCUUCACCUUUUCUAUCUAUCCAUUAGUUGCGUUAAAGCUUUUGUGGAAUUAGUCUGACAGGGAUUUUUUUUUUUUCCAAUUUGUCCUUUAAUUUAAUCUUCUGUUCACUUAGUUGUUGCACAGACUUUUUUUCCUUUUACUUUCCAGCUACUGGGAAAUCCUGACAGAUUAGGACAGCUGCGAACUCCACUUUGAUUCUAAGGAAAAGACUGAGAUAUUUCAACCUGUAAGCAAAAAUUAGGCAAGUAAGUAAAUGAAGCAACACCCUCUGAGUCAGGUGUGACUGCUUUCUGAUCUGAUCUGAUGCUUGAUAAGUACAGGCCUGUAUCUUUGUGUCAGAAGGCAGGGCUAGUUAUUCUUAAUGGCUGAAGUAUAUUGCAGUGCCUCUACUCCUCCAAUACGUCAAGUCCGCACAUAGCAUUAUAGCACUUAGGCAAAUGAACCCAGUACUCAAACCCCAUUACAGUAACUUGGGUCACUCCAAGCGGAGGAAGGCAGUAAGAAAAAUGCAGCAUUGCUAUUGUUUACAGGUUAAUGCGUCUGCAGCACUAGGUAGUAAACAUGAGCAUUUGACAAGUGUUGAAUAUAGAGGGGAAAAAUGCAUUCAGUGAUAGUUAUCAGUCACCUUAUAGGUGACAAAAUAGGGUACAAAUUUUGACAUGGUUUUUCAUGGAAAGGUUAAAUUGCAUGGCAAGUUUGAUGAUCGCAGAUGAGGAAAAAGAUGAAAUGAUUAUCAAAAGAUUUAAAAAGAAAAUGUAGUCUGCAUAAAGACUAUAAAAAGGCUGACAUGAGACUGGAGAUAAUCAGAAAAGGGAGAUUCAGUAUUUUAAAAAGCAAAUUAAGAAUUUUGCAGUCAGCGAUGAGGAAAAUUCUUUAUCAUCUUUGAUAAAGAAUUUUAUCACUCUCGUUGCGUGACGAGAGUGAUAAGGAACUCUCGGAGCUCUCAAGGCUGAAUCAUGUGAACAAGGAGCUGUGUAAACUAGUGCAUGACCAUGUAGUGCUUGAAAAUGAAAAAUCUUGAAGAUCCCUGAUGUACUUCACCAGCGGUCAAUAAACCAGACCAGAACACCUGCUUAUACCAGCAAUGUGCUGCAGCUAGACCCUGGUUAAGAACUCUCUGAGUUGGGAAGCGAGCAGUUUUCCAGUUCAGCCGCUCUGUCCUGGUGGCUACGAGGAUGCAUCAGUGAAGAGGAUUAUGGAGGAUCAGCAAGCUUUAGAACAAACUGCUGUUGUCCGUUAUUUCAUGCUUCAAUGUGGAGCAAAACUGGCGUGCACACAGACUCCAACUUGCACACGCAAACAUGGUCAGUCCUCUUAAGGCCGAGCUUUAGGCACUGCCCUCUGUUUUCCUCCAAACAGUGACGGCAUGUUUUUGUCUGCUUGGCAGAUGCUCUGGCCUACUUUUCCAGGCAAGCCCUGGCACAUCUCCACGCCCCAUAAUCCACCUCUGGCCACGUGGAUCCUGGAUUCUCUCCUCAGCUCUUUUACCUCUCCCAUGUUCCUGUCUCUAUUCAGUGUGAAAGUAAAACAUUGUGUGUCUUUCUCUCAAUUUCUGUGGCUAAGGAAAAUAAAUCCUCAGCAAUUGGGACUUUUGAAUUUCUUGUUUGUUCGUUUUUUAAAAUUCUGUGUGUGGUUAGGCUGGGUUGGCUUUACAGUCAAAUUUAAAGAGAAAAGUUGAACUCAAGUUUAAGCUGUUAUUGACAUGGUUUUCCUUCUUAACUCACUCCAGCCAGCAACUCCCCUCAUAUCUGGAAUAAUGUGAAGAUCACAAGACUCUCCUUUCCCCGUGGACACAGGACAGAUAAUGUAGUAUUCACUCUGCUCUUUAUUAUGAAUUUAAAACCAUAGUAAUUUGAGUAAUUUAACCUUAUUUGACAUUUCUCCUUUUAACUUGUUGUUUGUGUCAAAAUAGAAAGUUUUUCUUUAAUGGAUUUCUAAACUUAUCACAUGCUGUUGGUUAUUUAAAAUGAAUAUGUGUGUCAGGGAGAGUUUAUGUAAUGGAGAGCAACAAGCUGGUCAGAGAUUUAGGUCAGGAAAUCGAAAGACGGCAACUAAUCUCCUGUGACUGACGUUGAAGGCUACAUGUGCUGCAGUGUCAUGUUGGGACCAAGAUCAGUUUGUAUGACGGGGCAGGAUGAUGACCUUUUGUAUAUGUUAUUGAUAUUUCAUUUAAAAAAAAAACUAAUUGGUGAAAGAGGAGAAAGGUCAUAGGCGUACAUCAAUAUGUCUAAAAUCUUUAAGACAGAAGGAAAACUUCCUGCGUGACAAGAGAUCAGAGGGCACUUUGCAUGCCGUGCAGCUGGUGAUAAAAUUAGACUUGUUGUUGUCGGCAGAUUAAACAGUUCUCGCUUUGUUGCCUCUGCAGUUUUGUCUCCUGUGUCAACCCAGUCAGUUAGUAUAGUACAGUUGAUUCGAUGAGGCUAAAUCGUGUCUCCCGAUUCUGAAUGCGCCUAAAGCCAACAGGAAAUAUCAGGGGAUUUGUGUGCUCGGAACCAGCACAGACAUGUAGCUAUUGCCUCUCUGUGCAUCUGGCUAUAAAGUGUUAUCUUCAUCAUUAUUAGGAAUAUUUCUUGCUUUUAGAGACUAAUAUGCAAAAGGCAAAAGACUUACUGAAAAUCCUAGGACCGUAUGAGUUCGGUCAGGAAACGAGAAGAGAAGCAGAAUGGGGAAGACUCUGCCGACUGCUGACUCAUGCUCGUCCGUCUUGAGGUUAACCCACUACUGGUACCCUAGUCAACAUGUCUAUUGUUCAGAGCAGAGCUUGUCCGGCUCAGGUCAGCCUCGACAGGAGAAAGAUCCUGAUGGCCUCGAGCAGGAGCAGGACUCCACGCAAAACAAGGUGGUGGAAGAGUGGAAGACACACACAUCAUACGAUAUGGGGCUAGAAACCGAGAGAGCAGCACGAGAGAAACUACAAAAACAGAGCAUACACCAUGAAGAGACUGUGAAGCCACAAGAAGCUGGAGAGGAAGAGACAAAGCUAGACCCAGAGUCGGAUACUGUACCUGUUGCCCCUGAGCCAGAACCUACCCCAGAUCCCCAGGCUGACUUGGGCCUGCAGAUUCACACACAGGACCACGACCAUGAUGCCCCAGUGCUCGCCACUCCAGAACCAGUUCCAGCACAGGGCCAAGUGACCACAGAUACCCCAGCAGAGACUUCAAGUGAACCAAUUCCCAAUCUAGACUCAAACCCAGACACAUCCCCCGAUGAAGCUGAAAACAAACCUACCUCACAGAGUGCUGGGCUGACCCACACAGGUGCAGUGCGGGUUGCCAGUGCAGGAGAUGAAUUCCCAGUAGACAGCUUUGUCUUUGCUGAGCACUCUGAUUCACAGUGCGGGGUCAUUCCCCCCGAACUGGCAACCUGUGAAAGCUCCCCUUUUGGCAGCCCUCUCCUCAGCAUGGAUGAGGCUGUCACAGAGGACCAGCAGACAGAUCAGAGGCACAGCUCUGGUCCUGAAACAGAAAUUCAGUCGACUCCAGGCCUAGUGGACCAGGAACAAGAGCAGCGUGAGGUGCUCGAAGAUGGGCUGUCUGUUUUGGAACAAGUGGGCAACACCUCACACCACCAACACAAAAAACAGCAGACAGGGGAAACAAACGCUCCCAGGGAGACUGAUCCCUCUGUGCCCAGCAAAGAGGACAUCCCUACCUUUGAUGAAUGGAAGAAGCAAGUCAUGGAGGUGGAAAAGGAGAAAAGUCAGUCUCUCCAUACCUCAACCAGCAGCAGCCCCCAUCCAACAAAGAAGGUCCAGAAAAACUUCAAGAAUAACUACGCUUCUGUAGAGUGUGGAGCCAAGAUACUCUCUGCCAACAGUGAGGCCAAGAGCACGUCUGCUAUUCUCAUGGAGAAUAUGGACUUAUACAUGCUGAAUCCAUGCAGCAACAAAAUUUGGUUUGUGAUAGAACUCUGUGAGCCUAUUCAAGUGAAGCAGUUGGACAUUGCAAACUUUGAGCUUUUCUCAUCUACACCCAAAGACUUUCUAGUUUCCAUCAGUGACAGAUAUCCUACCAACAAGUGGGUAAAGCUGGGAACUUUCCAUGCUCGCGAUGAACGGAUAGUCCAGAGCUUCCCACUAGAUGAACAGCUUUAUGCUAAAUAUGUGAAGAUGUUCAUCAAGUACAUAAAGGUUGAACUUCUCUCUCAUUUCGGAUCUGAACACUUCUGUCCCCUCAGUCUUAUCAGGGUGUUUGGUACCAGCAUGGUGGAGGAGUAUGAGGAGAUAGCAGAUUCUCAGUACCCCUCAGAGAGACUUGAGUAUUUGGAUGAGGACUAUGACUAUCCUCCUGGCUACCAACCAACAGAAGACAAGGCCUCCAAAAACCUGCUUGGUUCAGCAACCAAUGCCAUCCUAAACAUGGUAAACAACAUUGCUGCUAAUGUGCUGGGAGGAAAGCCAGAGCUGGAGAGUGGAGCAGAAACGGGAGGUAACGCAACAACAGAGGGGGGUGAAAAGGAGAGCACAGAGUCAGCUAAACCAACUGAGGCCCUACACACAGUACUGCAACCUUCAAAGCCAGAACAACCUACAACAGAAGAGGUCUCUGUCUCUAGUGACUCCUCCACAUCUUCCCACUCAUCAUCUGAUCCACAUAAGGAUGUGGAUCAGAUUGUCACUCUAGUAGAGGAGGAGGAAGAGGAUGAGGAGAUCAGACUGUCAACUGUUACUCUAUUGGAGGAGGAGGGAGAGGAUGAUGAAGAAGGGGAAAAGAGCGAGGAGGAGAUGAGGAAGGAGGCAGACAGGAACCAGUGGGAGAGCCAGGCUUACUGUCCUUUCACCUCCUUCUCCUCCCUCUCUCUGUCUUGCAUGGUCACUCUGCCUGAGCUGCUCCAUCGCUGGUGCUCUGCCAGGCUGGCCAAGGAGAGACUGCGCAGCCUUAAGAAGAGGCAGCUUAGCACUCAAACACAGACUCACCCUACUGUGAGCACACCUGUCCUCACACACACACCUCCACUGAUUCCUAUUCCUGCCCCCACACCUAUCCAAGAACCCCUUCCUCUCACAGAAAAAGCUCCAGAACUCGAGGUGCCUGAGAAUGGGCAAAAUGAGUGCAAAGCUCUCAGUGAGGAGUACACCACUGACACGCCUCUCAGCACUGACACACCUGAUUCAUACACUCCCGAGCUCAGCAUCCUCCUAGAGCCCAGCAGAACCUCCACCAUCCCCCCUCAGAGUUUCUCAGACAGCCACAGCUCCCUAACACAGCCUACCCCAACCCCAAAGGAGAACUUGUUACCUUUAGUUAAAGACGCAACCCUAGAUCCUGUCCCCACUCCUCUCCUCCAAGCUGUCUCUAUCCCAAAGACGCAGCACACCAGCAGCGUCACCCCCACACUUUCUGCCAGCACUCCCCCGUUAUCUCCAUCUUCUGAGACGGCUUCUCCUGUCGUCACGGUUCCUCCUGUCAAAGAUCAGCCUGUUCAGCCUCUUCCCACUGCUUCAAGACCUGAGGAUUUUAUCUCCCCUCCCACUGAGCUGCCAGCAGCUUUGCCUUCAAAUGACAUUCACACAGACUCAGUUAAGUCAGGCGUAGACAGCGGGGACUCGCAGAGACAAAAUGUUCAGGCUUCCCAGACCCACGGGGAGCAGGCUGAUUCACUUCCUCAGACAGGAGAGCCUCAUCGGGUGGAAGAGACUGUAGAAGAGGAACUGCUGAAUGCUAGUGGUAAUGGCAACGCUCAGCGGACGGCUACAGACUUCUAUGCAGAGCUGCAGAACGGUGGAGAUUAUAAUGGUGGAGCAGUGAAUGGGAACAGCGUGUUAGUUAACGGAGGCGCAGUCCACGGAUCCAGCCAGAAAGAGAGUGUGUUCAUGAGGCUGAACAACAGGAUCAAAGCUCUGGAGAUGAACAUGAGUCUGUCCAGCAGAUACUUGGAGGAACUCAGCCAGAGAUAUCGUAAACAGAUGGAAGAGAUGCAGAAAGCGUUCAAUAAGACCAUCAUCAAGCUGCAAAACACCUCCCGUAUUGCUGAGGAACAGGACCAGAAGCAGACUGAGUCCAUCCAAGUCCUGCAGAGUCAGUUGGAAAACGUCACUAAACUGAUGCUCAAUCUCACAGCUACAGUCAGCGAGCUGCAGAGAGAGGUAUCUGACCGUCAGAGCUACCUGGUGGUCUCUCUGGUUCUGUGUCUAUUUCUGGGGAUCCUGCUGUGUCUGCAGUGCUGCCGCAGCUCGGCCCCCGGCCCCAGCACCAACUCUACUGCUCUUCCCAAGAGCAACCACUACCCCAGCCCCAAGAGAUGCUUCUCCUCUUACGAUGACAUGAGCCUGAAGCGCAGGGUGACCUGCCCACUUGUUCGCUCCAAGUCGUUUCACCUGUCCUCUACAGAAGUAGGUCCAGAUGACUUGUACAUUGUAGAACCUCUAAGGUUUUCUCCAGAGAAAAAGAAAAAACGCUGCAAGGCAAAGUCUUUGGACAAAGUUGAGACUCUGAAGGCAUUCGAUCCUUCUGCUCUCCUCGCUAACGGGGAUCCCAAGUUUAACAGCUUCCACCCGUGUCUCCCUGCGCCACCAUCCUCAACACGCCCCCUACCUCUUCCUCCUCCUCCUCCACCACCUCCUCCCUUGCCUCCUCCCCCUUCAACACCACAGGAGGGCCCAUUAUUGCCCCGUCGCGCCUCUAAGGAGUUCCCCUCAGAGACUAGCAGCUGCAGCUCGUCCACCCAUUCUGAGGAGUCGUACGCCAGCCGGCUCCCCCCUCCUUCUCCCGUCUUCCCCGCUGAUGGCGUGUGCAACGGCCACGGCCUUUCUUUCCCCCUCAGCCAGCCGGUUGCUAAGUCCCGUCAGGAGAAGCGCUCAACGAAGCGGCGGAAGUCUCGCCAGACCGAGCUGCAGUUCCCGCACAUGCCAGUGGGGAGCGUUGGUUCUCUGCCCAGCCUGCAGCAGCUCAUGAAGGGAAACAAGGAGAUGAGUGUCGGGACCAUCGGGGUGACAGCCGUCACCGGACAUGUCUGAAUCCUCACGCGUCACCUUUACACGAUUAUCUGCUCACACCUGUGCACACACUACACGGUAGCAGACAUGACAAACAGAAGAGGUCUUACCACAACCCAAAGAACCACAUUUCCCAUGAGCACCCAGGCGCACCGUGGAACUGAAUUGGCUAUGGCAGCAGUAGCUCAACAUCAUUCAGUUCUUAUUCACUCCUGUCAAAGACCCGUUUACGGUUAUGUGCCUUUAUAUCUGUUCUAGACCUUCUAACUCUUAAAAACGUAAAAUGUAAACAGUUGUUGAUGUGCACAAAAAGACACUGUGAUAGGAAGUGAAACACCAAGAAGAGUCAAAACUAUUGAAGUGUGUUUGAGAGAUUUUAUUUUCAUUUUUCUACUGGAUAAGCACAUUUACCCAUGAAAGUGGAGCACCAGUGAAUUCAUUUCCCCACUCUGAGCACAGUGAGGAGAGGUGCUGGUCUCAACUCCGUGUUCCUUGAAAAGUAUUAGGCUGCUCUUUGGGAUGAAAUAUGUCAUUAUAAGAGGACUGUGGAGCAUGACAAAUGACUUCUCUUAUUCUUAUUUCCUCCUGUCUUUCAUUGCCAUCAUUUAACCUUUUCCAUCCUGCCUUAGUCUCUAAAUGACUGCAGGUGUUUGUUUGGGACCAGUGGGUAAAACCGUGUCAUUCUCGCCUUCUGUCUCUGUCAGUUUGUUCCAAACCAACCACGAGAGCUGAAUGAAGAAAAGUCUACAUGAGCGUAUUAGCCCUUUUCUUUUCUUUUUUUUUUUAAGUGUCUCAAUUAACUUCAUAAAACAAAUACAGUAGCAGCAGUCCAGCUCCUGUAGACCCUGCUCAGUUUGGGCUGGGCCCAAAAACGCUGUCACAUUAGAUUUUGUAACUGUGAUAAAACAGCUCAGAGGCAAGAAGCUGUAAUAUAUUGUUUCAUUACUUUUAUAGUUCUUUCAUUUGUAACUGAGCCAUGUUUCUCUUAGCAUUGCUGGUUCGGCUUGUUUGAGUUGCUGUCAGAGCCAGUAUGGGGCAAAGUGUUUCCUGUUAAGGGCACAGUUUACUGUAGGGUAACCUUGGGUAACAGAGCUGAAUGUUUACGCACACCCUCUCGUGGACCUUGCAGAUGGGUCUGACAGAUCAGCUUUAUUUAUCUAUUUAUUUAUUUAAAUGAACAGAGAAUUUUCUAACCUAGUCGCUGGUUUGCCAGUCUCCCAGUCUUGCAGCGUCACAGUGGCUCAAUGCAAGUUUGUUACAUAGAAUUACUACUCAGUGGUACUGACACAUACAGUCAUGGUGGAUGGCUCAAACACAUUUGCUUUCUUUCGUUUUCUUACCUUAUAACGUCGUCUAAUUGUACUUGGCUCAGCCUGAAAUAUCGGACAGUAAUCGCAUUUUAUAUCCAACAAAAUAACAGUUAAAGGCUACAUGUAUGUUGGGAACACGCUGCUGCUUCUGUGUGUUUUCAGAGCUGCUGGAAAGUUGGAGAUGCUUUUAUUAAAGAAAAAAGAGAGAGGCUAUAACAAUGACUGUAGUACUGUGCUGUCUUCUGUCUGCCUUUUCAGCAUCUCUGCUGGAUUGGCUAACUGUUUUUAUGUUACCCUGGCUGUUUUGUUAAUGUAUAUUCAAUAUAACAAUUCAGCAAAAACACUGCAGGAAGCUGCAGAUUUAUUUUUGUUUGCUUUUAAAGAAUAAAUUUAACAGGGGUUUUUUAUUCCCCCUUCUAUUUAUGCAAUUUCAUAGAGGUUCUGCAUGGUUGGCGUUGGACGUCUUGACAGACAGAAUUUUCUUCUAAUGCUACCAUCCCAUAUGAGUGUCAUUACCUGUUCUGACCAGCUUCUACUGCUCUUCUUUCCUUGCAUAUCUUUAUCCAGAAAUGUCACCCAUGACCCCCUGUGCACGACUUCUGUCUGUGACUGUGAAGAAAACUUUAAAUAUGCCUGCUUUGAUUAACCACUCUACCAUGUUCCUAUUGGCUUCAAAUGCUUUUUCAUUCUGCUUGCCUGCUUUCCUGUCUAGCUUU